CUUCAGGAGCAACUUCAACUCGGAGCCGAGGAAAAAGCUUUGAAUAAAAGGAAUUCCAUCCGACGGUGGUCCACCAAAACAGGUUGUGUGUUCGUCGUGAGGUCAAAGCCUGACAGUGUGUAACCAUGGCAGACGAAGCGGACAUGCGCAAUGAGCUCAGCAACAUCCAGGAGCGCGCAGACCAGCUUGCAGAUGAGUCGCUGGAGAGCACCCGGCGUAUGCUGCAGCUGGUGGAGGAGAGCAAAGAUGCCGGCAUCAGAACCCUGGUCAUGUUGGACGAGCAAGGAGAGCAACUGGAGCGCAUCGAGGAAGGAAUGGAUCAGAUCAAUAAGGACAUGAAAGAGGCCGAAAAGAAUUUGACGGAUCUUGGCAAUCUCUGUGGCGUAUGCCCAUGCUGUAACAAGCUGAAGGACCGCGGCCAGUCCUGGGCCAACAACCAGGAUGGGGUGGUGUCCAGCCAGCCGGCCCGCGUGAUGGACGAGCGCGAACAGAUGGCCAUCAGCGGAGGAUACAUUCGCAGGGUGACAAAUGACGCCCGUGAGAACGAGAUGGACGAGAACCUGGAGCAGGUGGGUGGCAUCAUUGGCAACCUGCGCCACAUGGCUCUGGACAUGGGCAACGAGAUCGACACCCAGAACCGGCAGAUCGACAGGAUCAUGGACCAGGCUGAUUCCAACAAGACCAGGAUCGACGAUGCCAACCAGCGUGCCACAAAGAUGCUGGGCAGUGGCUAACUCUCCUCUCUCCUACGCAAAAGUGCUUUCACUGCCCGUGCCCCACCCCUUCCCCAUGCUCCCCAAUGCCCUCUAUGCGCCCCCCUUGCCCCCUGUCUCCCAGCCAAUCCCCCACCUACGCUGGUCCCGCCAGGGUACACAUGUGCUUUUACCGUGGUUUAUUCAUCCCAAACAGUAGGUUUGCACACAGGCACAUAUCAGUACCUACUGCCCUUUCUUCCCCUCCGUAGAGAAACCAAUCAUCAUCCUGUAUCGUCUGUCUUCUUGGCCUCUUUACUGUAAACGGUAGUGCUGUAAACGAUUACUGUAUAUGA